AUUUGUGGUUGCCUCAUCCGCCUGACAGGACCAACCCACUCCCAGCGGAACAUGAAUGCAGGAAGCUACAGAGCCGGCUUCGGUGUGGGCUUAAGGAUGUGGCUUCUGUGGGUCCUGCUGCUGUCGCUGCUCUCUGCAGUGUCUGGGGGUGCAGACUCCAAAGCUGUCACCACCACCCUCACAACCAAAUGGGCUGAUACGCCUCUGCUGCUGGAGGCCAGCGAGUUCCUGGCAGAGGAGAGCCAGGAGAAGUUCUGGGAAUUUGUUGAAGCCAAUCAAAACAUAGAAGGAGAGCAUGAUGACACAGAUCAGGCCUACUAUGACCUGAUAUUGAAGAAAGCCAGUGCCUUGCUUAGCUCCGUCCAGCUGAAAAUGCUGAAGUUUGCCCUCUCCCUGAGAGCCUACUCUGCAACUGUACACUCCUUCCAACAGAUAGCGUCCAAUGAGCCACCUCCGUCUGGCUGCUCAGCUUUUUUCAGCGUCCAUGGAGAGAAGACUUGUGAUGCCGAAAGCUUAGCAGCACUGCUGAAAACUGCAGCUGAGAGGCCGAAGCCGUACCUGUUCAAAGGUGACCACAAAUACCCAGGAUCAAACCCUGAUGCUCCUGUUGUCAUCCUCUAUGCUGAGUUUGGAAAACCGGAUUUCCAAAGGCUUCACCAAGUCAUAUCAUCCAAAGUCACCGAAGGGCUGGUGACUUACGUGCUCCGCCAUUACCUGGCUAAUCCAAGUGGAAAGAAAGUGUAUCUGUCCGGGUACGGAGUGGAGCUGGCCAUCAAAAGCCAGGAGUACAAGGCAAAGGACGACACACAAGUCCAAGGGGCGGAGGUGAACGCCACAGUGAUCGGAGAGAAUGAUCCGGUGGACGAGGUCCAGGGAUUCCUUUUUGGCAAACUCAAGAUGCUCUACCCGGAGCUAAAAGAACAGCUAAAAGAGUUGAGGAAACAUUUAGUUGAAAGCACCAAUGAAAUGGCACCUCUGAAAGUCUGGCAAAUGCAAGAUCUGAGUUUCCAAACAGCAGCUCGCAUUCUUGCUGCUCCCGCUGUUGAGGCCCUCAAUGUUAUGAAAGACCUCAGUCAGAACUUCCCCACCAAAGCCAGGUCCAUCACUAAAACAGUGGUCAACUCUGAGAUCCGUAAAGAGAUCGCCGAGAAUCAGAAGCUUUUCAAAGGGUCACUGGGCCUGCAGCCUGGGGAUUCAGCCCUGUUCAUCAAUGGCCUGCACAUAGAUCUGGACACACAAGACAUCUUCAGUGUGUUUGAGGUGCUGCGCAGUGAGGCGAGGGUGAUGGAGGGUCUGCGCUCCCUGCUCAUCGAGACACCCUACAUCCACGACAUCCUGAAGCUCAACGUCCAGCCCUCUGACUCCGACUACGCCGUUGACAUCCGCAACCCUGCCAUCAGUUGGAUUAACAACCUGGAGACGGACCACAGGUACAGCUCGUGGCCCUACAACGUGCAGGAGCUGCUCAGACCAACCUUCCCCGGAGUCAUCAGACAGAUCCGCAAGAACUUUCACAAUCUGGUAAUCAUUCUGGACCCAACUCAGGAGAAUACUGCUGAGCUGUUGAGCGUUGCGGAGAUGUUUUAUGCUAACAACAUCCCACUCAGAAUCGGGUUGGUGUUUGUGGUGUCAGAUGAAGAUGACAUAGACGGUAUGCAGGAUGUGGGUGUGGCGCUAGUCCGUGCCUACAACUACAUCAGCGAUGAAGUGGACAGUCAGAGUGCAUUUGAAGCUGUCAUCUCGAUGUUUAACCGGGUUCCCAUUGGUGGACAGCUAAGUGUUGGGGAUGUGGUGAAGGUGCUGGAGAAGAGAUUCCCCUACGUGGAGGUCAGCAGCGUCCUAGGAGCCGACUCCAGCUAUGACAGCAACAGGAAGGAAGGCCGGGCGUACUAUGAGCAGACAGGAGUGGGCCCGUUGCCUGUGGUCUUGUACAAUGGCGUACCUUACCAGCGUGAACAGUUGGACCCGGACGAACUGGAGACAGUCACCAUGCAAAAGAUCCUGGAGACCACCACCUUCUACCAGAGAGCCGUCUACCUGGGUGAACUGGCAACAGAUCAUGACGUUGUAGACUUCAUCAUGAACCAGCCCAACGUUGUCCCUCGCAUCAACCCCAGAGUGCUGUCAACCAGCAGAACAUACCUGGACCUGUCUGACACCAAUAAUUACUUUGUAGAUGAUUAUGCUCGCUUCUCAACUCUGGACACCAAGAAGAAGAGCACCGCUGUGGCCAACAGCAUGAACUACAUGACUAAGAAAGGGAUGACCACCACCAACAGGCAUGAUGAUGGCUUCAUCCGUCCCGUGACCUUCUGGGUGGUCGGAGACUUUGACAAGCCCUCGGGAAGACAGCUCCUCUAUGACGCCAUCAGACACAUGAAAUCCAGCAACAACGUCCGACUGGGGAUGAUCAACAACCCAUCAGCCGGUCCGUCUGCCGAGACGAGUCGCGUGGCACGAGCGAUCUGGGCUGCGAUGCAGACACAGUCUGCCAACAAUGCCAAGAACUUCAUCACCAAGAUGGCUAAAGAAGAGACCGCCACAGCCCUGCAGAAGGGUGUCGACAUCGGAGAGUUCGCUGUCGGGGGUAUGGAUGUGUCGCUGUUCAAGAGUGCGUAUGAGGGUCCCAAAUUUGACUUCCUGCUCUCCCACGGUGCCUACUGCCAAGAUGUGCUCAAACUGAAGAAAGGACAGAGAGCAGUUAUCAGCAACGGAAGAAUCAUAGGUCCACUGGAGGAGGAGGAGGUGUUUAACCAGGAUGACUUCCUGCUGUUGGAGAGCAUCAUCCUGAAGACGUCUGGAGAGCGAAUCAAAAGCAAAAUCCAGCAGUUUGGAAUCGAGGAGGACAGGGCCAGCGACCUUGUGAUGAAGGUGGAUGCUCUGCUCUCCUCUCAGCCCAAAGGAGAAGCCCGGGUAGAAUAUGAUUUUGCUGAUGACCGCUACAGUGCUGUGAAGAUCCGUCCUAAGGAGGGAGACGUGUACUUCGAUGUUGUUGCCGUAGUGGAUCCAGUAACCAGGGACGCACAAAAGCUUGCCCCUCUCCUACUGGUUCUGAAGCAGCUGGUAAACAUCAACUUGCGGGUUUUCAUGAACUGCCAAUCCAAACUGUCAGAAAUGCCUCUCAAGAGUUUUUACCGUUACGUGUUGGAGCCGGAGGUGAUGUUUCAGAGUGACAGUAGUUUCUCUCCCGGCCCCAUGGCCAGGUUCCUGGACAUGCCUCAGUCUCCACUCUUCACCUUGAACCUCAACACUCCUGAGAGCUGGAUGGUCGAGUCUGUGCACACGCGAUACGACCUGGACAACAUCUACCUGGAGGAGGUGGAGAAUAUUGUAGCAGCGGAGUACGAACUGGAGCAUCUUUUGUUGGAAGGCCAUUGUUUUGAUGUCAGCUCAGGCCAGCCGCCACGUGGGCUCCAGUUCACCCUGGGAACCGCCUCAGAGCCGGUCAUAGUGGACACUAUCGUCAUGGCAAACCUGGGUUACUUUCAGCUCAAGGCCAACCCAGGCGCCUGGAUUCUGAAGCUCAGGAAAGGACGCUCUGAUGAAAUCUACAAGAUUUACAGCCACGAUGGCACAGACUCUCCCGCAGACUCGGAUGACAUUAUAGUCGUGCUGAACAACUUCAAGAGCCGGAUCAUUAAAGUCAAGGUCCAGAAGAAACCAGACAAGUUCAAUGAGGAGCUGCUGAGUGAUGCGACCGAGGAAAACGACACCAGCUUCUGGCAAUCUCUGACCAGAGGGUUUACAGGUGGAGGAAAGAUGGACGAGCCAAAGCAGGAGAAAGACAAUGUGAUCAACAUCUUCUCCGUGGCUUCGGGGCAUCUGUAUGAGAGGUUCCUCAGGAUUAUGAUGCUGUCAGUUCUGAAGAACACCAAAACUCCCGUCAAGUUCUGGUUCCUCAAGAACUACCUGUCCCCGGCUUUCAAGGAUUUCAUCCCCCACAUGGCAAAGGAAUAUGGUUUCCAGUACGAGCUGGUCCAGUAUAAGUGGCCUCGCUGGUUACACCAACAGACCGAAAAGCAGAGGAUCAUCUGGGGCUACAAGAUCCUGUUCCUGGAUGUGCUGUUUCCUCUCGCUGUCGACAAGAUCCUGUUCGUGGACGCUGACCAGAUUGUGCGGACCGACCUGAGGGAGCUGCGCGACUUCGACCUGGAGGGAGCUCCGUACGGAUACACUCCAUUCUGCGAGAGCCGGAGGGAGAUGGACGGCUAUCGCUUCUGGAAGUCUGGCUACUGGGCGAGCCACCUCGCUGGACGCAAAUAUCACAUCAGCGCCCUGUAUGUGGUCGACCUGAAGAAGUUCAGGAAAAUAGCAGCAGGAGAUCGACUCAGGGGACAGUACCAGGGGCUCAGCCAAGACCCCAACAGCCUUUCCAACCUGGACCAGGAUCUGCCCAACAACAUGAUCCACCAGGUGCCCAUCAAGUCUCUGCCUCAGGAGUGGCUGUGGUGUGAGACCUGGUGUGACGACAGCUCCAAGAAGAGCGCCAAGACAAUAGACCUGUGUAACAACCCCAUGACCAAGGAGCCCAAGUUGCAGGCUGCGGUGAGGAUCGUGGCUGAGUGGACCGAUUACGAUCAGGAGAUCAAACGCCUGCAGACCAGAGUCCAAGGGGGAGCAAACCACAUAACAAAGCAGCCUGACACAGAUGUUCACAUAGAGCUGUGAGGAUCCCGCCGUGGCUGUGAUGAGGCAGUGAACUGGACUCUGUUUAAAGAGUCUGCUUCAUGAAGAGAAGCUCCUCUCAUGCCUCGGGGACUGCUGACAGACUGACCACAAACGGUGCGAGACAGUUAAAACAAUGCUCUGUUUUGUUCUUUUUAAAACCUGUGAAGGGGAAUUUUAGUGGUCAGGUUUAAGAGGCUUUUCUGUAUGCGUGUGUGCAAGCAGUGAGAAUGUAUUUUGUGAAGCCAAUCAUGAAUAUGAAUUUUUUUUCUUUUUUUUUUUCUCUUCAGUGUAUUUUUUCUUUCCCCUGUAACAGAUGUCAGUCUGUAAAUUUGCACUGAUUGGGAUUCUGGUUCUGGCUGUGGUCGAAGCACAAAUGGAGGUGGACUCCACAAAAUCUCACCGCUGGUUAAGUUGUGUUUCUGACAAACCAAACAUCUGGUGGUGGAAAGGAUUUCAGGCCACUCACUGGGAUAAAAUAUUAAUUACAAAGGUGUCAGUCCUUGCGCUGAAUUGGUAAAUAGUACAGGUAGAUAGGUUUAUAUUUCUGCUUUGCAGGUAAAGGUCUGUAAAAUUGUGGAUAAUUUGCCUUAAUCAGACUUUAAGACUAGGGCUGGGUCAAAUGUUUGAAUUCAAUAAGAUGAGAUGAAUAAGAUCUUUUUUUAAUCAAUCGACACGGGAAAUUAUGGCAAAAAUAACAGAAAAUAAACUGAUAUUCAGUGCAUUGAACUAUGAUCUCCUGUUGUCCAUAAACAAAACUUGAAUAACUUUAGUUUGGGCAGCAGAAUUUUGUAAAACAAUAUUACAUUGCUGCCCUGCCCCACAGGAGAUAUUUAGAAAAAACAGAACAAGUCUGAAAAAUUAAUGCCACAGCCUCAUAUACAGCAUAUAUUAUUUUGUCAAGUGGUGGAUCACCUCAAGCUAUAGGGGAUGUUUAGUACGCAAUCUAAAUUUAACAACACUUGAAGGAAAUAUGAGUGGUGGAACUGUUAAUGAUGUUUACACUCAUCAUCUGGUAUUUGGCAUGAAAGUUAACCAAAUUGAAUCACCAGUUUCAUGUGGAUUAUUAAUGUCACUGUGACUCUCAGGGAAGGAGGUCUGACGCUUGUGUGGGUUGCAGGAUAAUGUACGAAUCAGAAGAAAGGGGGGAGUCUGUUAUGUGGUGGAAUUUAUGAUACUGUAAGAAGAGAGCAGCCAUGACAGAGUUGGGCUGAAAAAUAUUGGAUUUUCUGUUUUUUGUUAACUUCCAUUUGUCAUUAUCAUCCUGUUUUGGCCGUCAGAAAAACUUUGUUAAAUAAAAAUUCCCAAUAAAGAA